GUUUUUCGAAAAUCUCAAACACGUGAAGUUAGAUACAUAUUUUAUGACAGUGGCAGAUGACUUGACGUCUGUCUCAUCGCUAUUUGAGGUUAUCAGAACAGAAAAGUGAACUAUAAAAUUUGUUUAAUUAUUAAAUUAAUUGUACAUUAAUUGAUUUAUAAUGUCUGUCGAGGAUAAAUUAAAGCAAGGGCCGAGAGAUGGAAUUUCUUAUCCAAUGCAAGUAGUUUACUGCGGAAAUUGCUCGAUGCCAAUAGAGUAUUGCGAAUAUUACCCGGAGUACGAGAAAUGCAAGCAGUGGCUAGAGGUCAAUUUACCUUCAGAAUUCGAAAAAGUCAAAAUCGGCGACGAUAAUCCCGUAGAAGAGGAGAAAAAGCGACAAAAACGAGGCGGUAAGGGCAUGAUAAAAACCAAGAAAAAGGAGGAUGGGCCCAAGCAAGUCUAUGUAUCUAGGGCGCCUAGGGGAAAGAAGAAGUCUGUCACAGUAGUAACGGGUUUAAACAGUUUCGAUAUCGAUUUGAAAGUAGCAGCAAAGUUUUUCGGUACGAAAUUCGCUUGCGGAUCAUCAGUAACAGGAGACGAUGAGAUUGUUAUCCAAGGGGAUGUUAAAGAUGAUUUAUUCGAUGUUAUUCCAGAGAAAUGGCCUGAGAUCGAUGAAGAUUUGAUUGAAUAUUUAGGAGACCAAAAGAGAUAGUUUAUUUUUAUAUAACAAGUAAAGUUAUCGAAUUACGGUUGGUGUAAUUAAAAUAUGAUAUUCUGACGCUAGGUUUAGAAAACACACACUUAAAAUUCG